AUGCAUUCACCCUAAACCAACACUGCCUGCUUGAGCACACACAUGCACAUGCACACAUGCAUGUGUGUCCGUUCGCUCACUGCCUGGCGACGGUGGGCAGCACCUUGACUUGAAGUUGGUCAGCACAGACUCCUGCACAUACGCACAUCACACGCGUGCAAACAAGUAGAUGUCUCUGUGUGGUUUUCAUGCGGCCCAGCUCCCUCCGACUCACUUCGCUCGGCAUGGGAUGGUGAGCAAACUCGAGCACGUCGCUGGCCAAACAGGCCCACUUUGAUGCUGGCCUGUUUGCACACAAUAAUGCACAGCACAUGCUCUUCUUUUUGUCCUGUGAUUAUCGUGUGCUUACCUUUUCGUCGUCAGCAGCAUGCUAAACACACGGCCCUGCGUGCCGACGUUCUUCCCGUAGGCCUUGACGGGGCUCCUGCGUGCACAUCAAAAAUGUCAAAAAUGCACAUAGCAUCGCAUUCAGUCUGCAAUGAGAGGUCUGCGAUUUGCACAGACGAUGCCGCUUACACACGGGUCACUAUCCCCUUCAUGGCCCUUCUCCCCACCCUCUGGCCCGGCCGCAAAGCGGAAAUAGGCACCAGGACCACUGCACUCACAGAUGAAGCAUACAUUACAUACAUAUAUCGACGCCAAUGAAGGGCAUGUCUCACAUCAGAUCAGGCUUGCUCUGAUUGGUCAGUCGAGCUGCGUUGGCAGGUUGUGUCGCACAUAAACUCACCGACGACAAUGCCGAUACGUAGCAAGGUACACGACCGACGAGGAUGUAAGAUGUAGGCAGCGGUUGCCCUGCACAUAUGCACAGACACAAAGAGACGUCGCUGAUUAGUGUGAUUGGUUGCUGACUUGAGCAUUAAAUCAUGUAGCCUCACCCAAUCUGCUGCCAAUCACACUCCUCGUCACAAUCCUCCUGCGUAUACACAGACACAGACGUACACGCACAAAGAGAGAUAUCGCAUCCAUCCAUCCAUCCAUUGACACAAGGCGGCAGCACCCAUCCAUCCAUGCAGAUCCACGGCGUGGCGGGCGUGGCGGACGAGGGCGUCCAUGUCCUUCUGCGGGCUGGGCACCGGCUUGGUCUUGCCCUUGGGCGGCCCAAAACCCCCUCCUGCAGCAGUGCGAGGACGUAUCACAGCCAUCUUACGCCAUGUGGAUGAGUAUGUUGAUUCAUCACCGAGGCCGAGGCAUUGAGGAAAAUGUCAACAGAUAUAAAAUGUAGGCAGUGAUGUGUAGACUGCACACACAAAUCCAAGUCAUGGAAACAAGAAUGUGCCAACUCGUGUCUCCUCUCGAUGCAUUUGGGGUACGACGCCUCGAUGGGUGGGUCACUCGGCUGGCUGGGGUCGCCCCCUCGCGUACGCGACUGUUGUGGAAUGGGGGCCGCUGCCGUUGUGGUGUUGGUUGUGGGUGUGGGAGUGGUGGUUGUUGUGUUGCUGGCCGAGCUGCUGGGCGCGUCAGUGGUGGUCGGAGGUGCUUGUGUUGUGAAGGCCGUCUCGUUGUAGCACCCCUCGAAUACCUCGUCCUGCGGACACAGUGAGGAGCACAUAUGGGCGGCCGGCAGUCUGCUUGCACUUAUGUUCAUUCUCACGUACCAGGUCCACCUCGGUGUAAAGGCGAAUCGAUGUCGCAAGUGUCAACACGAAAAUCAGCAGGGACAAGAUGCCCAAGUACUUCUGAAAGCAGGCAGAGCACAGAAAUCCUCAUCAAAGCCGUCAACGUGGGUGUCGUGCCCUCCUGGUAGAGUUAAAUUUGCGCCGACAGUCGCCCUGUGUUCCACUGACAGGAAAGCGCAUGCAAAGGGUCCAUGCAGGGAUGUAAGUUCGUUCGUGUGAGUGGGUCUUGUGUUUAUGACUCACAGUAUUUGACGCCGUUCUCGAGUCUCUCGAGCCUCUCAUCGAGGCUGGGACCCUCAUGCUGCUCUGCACACACACACGCAUAGACAACACUGCCUGCCUGCCUUUCUGCCUUUCUGCAUCUGCAUCUCUUCCAGCUUGCCUGGCAGCUGCUGCACUGCAUGAGACACUGACACUGUCCCUCUUGUACUCGUGGCCUUGGCCAGUGACCCCCUCUCCACCAUGCAGUGCAAAAGCACAUACACGACAGACUGAAAAUGACCCCUCCCUCCCUAUCCCAUCAGCCAGCCACUCUCGCCCAUCCCUGCCAGGUCCCUUGCUAGCCCAGACCCCACGAUUGCUGGAAUGAUGCACAGCUUGAUGAGCACGACGAACAGGAAGAAAUGAACGGCAUCUGGCCGGAAGGGUCUCAAUGUCGUCCGACAUACAAACGCACGUGUGUGGUGUGAAUCUGCCUAUGUCAAUCUAUUGCGUGUGGCUGACCUGUGUGUAUCGACGAUCUGCGCAGAAGUAGCAUUGCAAGAAAAUGAAAAACCGACUCAUGCACUCACGCGUCGCAGCCAUCUUGCCCGUCAUGUGGAUGAGUGCUGAUUUAUCACCGAGGCCGAGGCGCCGAGAGGAACAGAGCACCAGAUAUAAAAUGUAGGCAGUGAUGGGUUGA